CUUACACUUCAUAUUGAAAACAUAACCUAAAAACAUGGACUUAUUUUCAAAAAAGUUUUAAAUUAUGUAAAUAAAAAUGAACUCAAUAAAACUUUUGGCGCAACGCAGUACAUUUUUAGUACUAAAUAGAAGGUAUGCUACCACUAAGAAAAAAAUACCCGUUCCUGAUGAGGAGGAACAAUUACCAAUUUUUCAAUAUCCUGUAAGCAAGUCAUCUGACCGGCGAGUGUAUGUGUGGGGCAUGGCAGAGACAGGUGCCCUUGGCAUUCACCUGCCAAGAGGCAGCAAGGGAAAGAAGGCAUACAAAAACAACUUCAAACUGGCUUGGCAUCCCAUGCGGUCCACUUUUGGGGAGAGAUUUGAUGUAACUCACGUUGCAUGCGGGUACGGAUUCACGGUAGCAUCAAUAAAGACAAGUGAACAGCACAAGGUGUUCGGCACUGGCAUCAACACAGACUCUCAGAUCGGGUACCAUGCUCCCAGGGUCGGCCAUCCUCUUGAAUUGCUGCUAAGCCCAGCACCUAUUUAUAUUCCGUACAAAUCUUUGGAAACUAAGAUAAUAGGCAUAGAUGCUGGCAGAGCGCACACAGUAAUCCUCACAGACACCGAAGGUGUGUAUACUCUUGGCAACAACGCAUACGGCCAGUGCGGUAGGAAGAUCAACCCUAAUGAGGAGUAUAGGGGAAGCAUGUUGUCGCACAAUAUUAGGACUUUGGGCAAAGAGAAGAUUGCUAGUGUCUGCUGUGGGCAGGAUCAUACUCUGUUCCUAACAGAGUCAGGCAAGGUGUACGCAUGUGGGUGGGGCGCCGACGGCCAGACGGGGCUGGGCAACUACGACAACCAGGGGCCGCCCGCCGCCGUGCGCGGCGACGUCACUUCCGAGAAGAUAGUCAAGGUGGCGUCCACAGCUGAUUGCGUGCUCGCUCUCAAUGACCAAGGCGAGCUCUUCGGCUGGGGCAACUCAGAAUACGGUCAAAUACCGAUGAGCACGAAACAGCAACAAGUCAACAUGUCGUACGCGCUGGUCAACUUUACAAAAGGCCUAGGAAAGAUAGUGGACGUGGCCGCUGGGGGCUCAUUCUGCCUCAUCGUCAAUGAACAUGGCGAUGUUUUCGUCUGGGGCUUCGGUCUCCUAGGGCUCGGCCCCAACGUGCAGCACACAGCCAGGCCCAAGCAGAUCCCUCCAACAUUAUUCGGACGCAAUGAAUUCAACCCAGAAAGUACAGUGAAGAAAGUUGCUUCAGGUAUCAGCCAUCUCGCUGCGAUAACUAACAACGGAGAUCUGUACACUUGGGGCCGGAACAGACACGGAUGUUUAGGACUAGGAGAGGACUCAGACCAGCAUUUCCCUCUAAGGGUGUCCAUAGGAGCCCAUGUAUUGAAUGUAUCGUGCAGUGUUGAUCAUACUAUUGCGUUGUGUAAACCGUUUACGUAAAUUUUUAAUGUGUUAUUUGUAAGAUUAUGUUUUGUUGAAGACUGUUAUGUUAGAGUAAAAGUUGUUUUAUUUCCCAUUCUUCUUGUUUUAGUGAGUACGGCGUAGGCGCAAUAAUUUGGUACCAUAUUUGCUCGUAGCGACAAAAAUUUAAUAAUGACGUACUUUCUAAGUGAUAUGACCAAAUAUAAAAUUAAGUUUAUUGUCGAAUUACUCAAUUGAUAGACCUGAAUAUAGAGCCCUAUAUGAUAUUAUAGUCUCAAUAUUAUACUGU